ACACGACCGAUUAAACUAGUUGUUUUUGGGGAUAUAGUCGAAAAUGCUGCGCGUUUUGUGUCUUUUUUUGACAUCCAGCCAUGUCUUUGGGGAUGGUGAAGUAAAUUAACUGCAGUUCCCUGCUUUAUGAGCACAAUGACGAGCAUCUGAAGGUUCAGAUCCUUAGGGCUUGAAAGCUCUCCAAAGCAAACAGAACCUGAAGCCCACAUGAUACCCAAGGCACAGCCUUCAAUAUAAAGGCAUUUUAGCAAAUACUGGAGAAAAAGAGGAGGAAAGAAAGGGGUACGUCUCCAUUUUUAAAUGGUGGCCCAUGGAUUCCCUGUAGUUGUCACUAUUAGAAAAAAUGCUGCUGUUGAAUGACUUUGUAAGUCACCCAUAACACUUCAUCAGCAAAUUGCCUGACUGGAAUAAGCGACCUAAGUUUGCCGAAUGUUCAGUCAUCAAAACCAUCUGGAGUUGCAAGGCUAUUCAGCUGAGUGCCGCCAGUUCAUGAGUCAAAAGAGGUCCUUUUGUCAGAUCCUCAAAGACUGAAGAAAGUGGUGUCAGCUGCACCAGAACCAGUAAACAUUUGCAUGCAAACAACUGGCAGCCCACUUGUCGGAAUGGGGCUGUUGAAGUUGAUGCUUUUGAUUUGUGUGAGCGGCGGUCUCUGCCAGAGAGACUGCACUGGAGUGGAUUGCCCUCUUCUUCAGAACUGCAUUGAGGAGGUUUUGGAAGUCGGUUCUUGUUGUGCCUCUUGUGUCCAAACCGGCUGCACGUGUGAAGGCUACCAGUACUAUGACUGUGUGAAUGCUGGUUUCCAAAAAGGCCGAGUGCCUGAAGGAGAGUCUUACUUUGUGGAUUUUGGAAGUACAGAGUGCUCUUGCCCUAUGGGAGGUGGAAGGAUCAGUUGCCAUUUUAUUCCUUGUCCUGAGCUUCCAGUGAAUUGCAUUGAGAUAUCGGAGCCUGCGGAUGGAUGUAUUCAAUGUGAGCGUAUUGGCUGUGUGUAUAAGGAGCAGAAGUAUCAAGCUGGGCAUUCUUUCCACAUGGAUCCCUGCCAAGUCUGUCACUGCCCCAAUGAUGGUGGGAAAUUAAUGUGUUACCCUAUCCCAGACUGUGAUCCAAGGAAAGUCCAUAAGCCCAUGCUUGCAACCACCACUGAGGAAAAUCCACUGGGGAGGCGUCACAAAGACCCUAUCCAACACAUCUUCAACCAUCAAGGCUCAAGGGGUUCUAUUUCCAAAGCCUUUCCAGUAUCUCACAGUGACAGCCUGCCUGCUUUCAGGGUGAACCCACAUAAAAGCCAUAUGGAUGAAGAAGAGGAGGAAGACUAUGACUACCCUCCUACAGAUUCCUUGGAGCCAUCUAGGCAUGACCUUGUGUCUCCUACAGAGUCAUCCAUUAUCUCAGAUUCUUAUCCAGAAAACGUUACACCCCAUCAGAUCUUCCACAGGGGGACCAAGCAGGAGCUUAAGGAGAGAUUUGGUUUUCAUGAAGCAACCACAGACAGGCCAUGGUUUCCCUUACAUAAAGAGAGGACAGAUGAGGGAAAAUACACUCUUCAUAAAGGCAACCCCAAGAAAGACAUAUUAAGCAUUACUAAAGAUGAGACUAGAGGACCCAAAUUUAAUAUUCCUGAUGAUAGUGCAAGCAAAGAGAAACUUCCUGUGUUCAGAGAGAUGACAUAUGAAGAACAGUUCUCUAUUGACAGAGACACCCCAGAAAGACAAAGUUUUAGCCUUUAUAAAGACAAUGUCAAUGAAGAGGCACUUGAGAAAAGCAAUACAGAUAGUGAAGGCCUUGCUGCUCCUACAGGAACCACAGAUGCUGAGAUGUUUGACUUGUAUGGGGACACCACACACAGCGAAGCAGUAACUGACUCUCCAGUGAUUGUAGAUCUGACUACACCUGAACUACCGAAAAUUGAGACCACCCCAACAUGGCAAACUACCAGGAACACAGUUUCCAGUCUUCAGAAUCAGUCUCUCACAACAGAAGCUAGGGAGGAUUAUGGAACUCAAAUAGGAGAGGACAUCACAAAUGAGGACAGCAAAGAGAGAAUAGUCAUGUUAAGUAAUGUCACAGAUAUUAACAGAAAUCAUGGAUCUAGUGGAAUGGAUGGCACACAGGAAGAAAACACUGUUAGCAACUUGAAUGAUAAGGAAAGCACAUCAGCGUCAUCAGUGACAUCUGAAAAAGCUUCGAAAGAGCAUGGAACCAAACCAGAGAGCUAUACGAUUCCUUCUGUAAGAUUCAGCCCAACCAGCCAGCCAGCCCUUAGAGCGAAAGCAGAUGAGAGACAGCCACCUACCAAACAGUCGCAAAGCCUGUUCGAGGAAGCAGGAGAGGAGGAGAGGGAAGAAAGAGAAAACACCCUCAGCUCCUUCCCAAAGGCCCACGAGGAAGCGUUAGAUCCAGCCCUGUUGGAGAGAUGUUGUGAGUCUGGGCAGAAAUGGGCCUCUGAACACCAGCACUGCAACCACCUCCCUACUCUGACACACCACAACUCUGUCUGUGGAGCGGUUCAGGAGCAGUGCUGCGCUGGCACUCUGAGAGAGAGCAGAUGUUUAACUGGCAUGAAUGCAGCCAAAGCUGGAGAAGUGUGUGAAGAAAGCAACAGCUCCCUUUGUGGAGAGGAUACCCAAAAGGAGUGCUGCAGCUGCUGUGCUUUGGGCCUACGUCUGCGGCAAGAGGGAAAAGGCUGUAAUGUUCAUCAGCACCUGAUCUAUCCCUGUGGACACAUCUUCCUCACCUGCUGCGAGGAAGAAGAGGAGGGGCUUAGCACACCUGUGCUCAGGAGGAGGGAAAAGCCCAAACCCACUUUGCUGCCCAAGAGAGUGGCUGAGAGACAGUUUCCUAAGCAGCCUUUCUCUUUUGAGGAUUCUGAGCAUGCAGCUAAUUCUGUGGAGAAACUGGAGGACGUGGAUGAAUGUCAGCGAUAUGAGGGUCAACUCUGCCAUCACACUUGCAUUAACACCCAGGGCUCAUACAGGUGUGCCUGCCACCCAGGAUACUUGCUGCUGCAGGACGGACACACGUGCACACUUGAGAACCCAGAAGAAGAGAACAGAGUGAAGGAGGAGGACAGCCCAUUUACUUUGGCCACACCACCUCAAGAAACCACCCCACAAAUCACCCCCUUACACAACCCAUGUGCAGGUAACGGUCCAUGCUCUCAGCAGUGCUCUGUGGUCAGAGGAAAGGCCCAGUGCUCUUGCUUCCCAGGAUUCUCCCUGAAAGCAGAUGGACAGAACUGUGAAGAUGUGGAUGAGUGCAGGAAGGCCACACACACUUGCUCGCUGGAGGAGGUAUGUGUGAACACAGGGGGUUCGUACCAGUGUGUGUCUCUGAAUGAAAGGUGCGACGUGGGCUUUAUUCACAACUAUAAUAGAGAGUGUGUGGAUUUCAACGAGUGUGUGACGAACACACACACCUGCCUGCCGGACGAGCGCUGUGUGAACACGGUGGGGGCAUUCGUGUGUGAGAGGCAGAUUUCUUGUCCAAGUGGCUACCAGCUGAGGAAUGGAGUGUGUGAAGACAUUGAAGAGUGUGUGCUGCGGAGCCACAACUGUGCACCAGGACUCCAGUGCCAGAACACACUCGGCUCCUUCCACUGCAGCCCGAAACAACAGCGCUGCCUCACUGGAUUCACACAGGACCCCCACGGCAACUGCAUCGAUGUAGAUGAGUGCAGUGCAUUAUCGGAACCAUGUACUUCGGGCUUUAACUGUAUCAACACAGUGGGAUCGUACACCUGCCAGCGCAAAAUCAUGACAUGCAGCCGGGGAUUUCAUUCCAGCCCUGAUGGAGCACGCUGCGUAGAUGUGGAUGAGUGUGCGAUGGGAACGCACCGCUGUGGGGAAGGACAAGUGUGCCACAACACACCAGGCAGCUUCCGCUGUGACUGCCAAACUGGAUACCAAUACGACUCCAGCCGCAGGACCUGCGUUGAUGUGAAUGAGUGUUGGCGUUAUCCGGGCCGUUUGUGUGCUCAGUCCUGUGAAAACACUCCAGGAUCCUAUCAGUGCUCCUGCACCACUGGCUUCUCUCUUGCAUUUGACGGAAAGAACUGUGAAGAUCUUAACGAAUGUGAUAAUAACCCCUGCAGUCAAGAGUGUGCCAACGUUUAUGGCUCCUACCAGUGCUACUGUCGCCUUGGUUAUUACUUGAAAGAGGAUGGACACACCUGUGAAGAUAUCGACGAAUGUUCCCAAAGCAUUGGAAACCUCUGUGCCUUCCAGUGCAUGAAUGUCCCGGGCAGCUACCAGUGCGCGUGUCCCCCCCAGGGAUACUCCAUGUCCCCCAAUGGGCGUACCUGUCGAGACAUUGAUGAGUGUGCCACUGGAGUACACAACUGUUCGGCCACCCAAACAUGCUACAACAUCCAGGGCAGUUUCCGUUGUCUGUCCUUUACAUGCCCUGAGAACUACAGGAAAGUGUCAGACACACGCUGUGAGCGUGUGAGCUGCCCCAGUUUCCAGAAUUGUCAGAACAUGCCUCUGCGAAUCACCUACUACCAGCUUAGCUUCCAGACCAACAUUGUCAUCCCAGCGCAGAUCUUCCGCAUUGGCCCGUCUCCGGCCUAUUCAGGCGAUAACAUCAUCAUCAGCAUCCCGCGGGGGAAUGAGGAAGGCUACUUCAGCACCCGGCGCCUCAACAGCUUCACUGGAGCCGUAUACCUGCAGCGGCAGAUCCAUGGCCCGCAGGACUUCCUCAUCGAUGUGGAGAUGAAGCUCCUGCGCCAGGGCACUUUCACCACCUUCCUUGCACGCAUCUACGUCUUUAUCACAGCACACUCCAUGUGAAGGCAAACUCUCAGUCACACUACAUAGAUGAUUUACGACAGUGGUUCUCAGCUCCAGUCCUGGGCUCCCACUGCCCUGCACUGUUUCAGUUAAGCUUGUCAAGCAGUCAUCAAGCCUGGAGUUGCCCAACUGUGGUCCUGAAGGGUUUACCUGGAAAGUCGUAAUUACAUCUGUAUUCAAGUGUUUUGUAGUCAGAAACAUGGAACAUUUCCAAGCUAAGCAUAUUGUAUUUCAACUGUUUGUCUGCAUGCUUUGUUAGACUCCUUUUACCCUGUUUUUUAAUGGUCAGGACUCCCACUGGAACAACACAAAACCAGUAUAAUUUGGUUGGUGGAUCAUUCUCAGCACUGCAGUGAUGCUGAUGUGGUGGUGGCGUGUUAGUGUGUGUUGUGCUUGUUGACACAACAGUGCUGCUGGAGUUGUUAAACAAUGUGUGCACUUACUGUCCACUCUUGUAGACAUGUCUACCAUGUUGGUUCACCUUGUAGAUGCAAAGUCACAGACAAUAGCUCAUCAGUUGCUGCACAGUUUAUGUUGGUCAUCCUCUAGUGCUUCAUAAGUGGUCACAGGACACUGCCCACAGGACACUGUUGACUGGAUACUUUUGGUCGGUGGACUAUUCUCACAGCACAGUGCUAAAAAUGUUCCACCAUUCAAAUACUUGCUCUGUGGGGGUCCUGAUCACUGAAGAACAAGGUAAAAAGGGGGCUAAUAAAGUAUGCAGGAAACAGAGGGAAUGCAGUCUGUAAUUGUGGAGCUGAUAAAAUGGACAAAGAGUGCAGAUACAAGAAGGUGAACAUAAAGAAGUGGCCUUUCUGUACUACGCUGUUAUCACGCCAUGUGGUGCUGAUACAGUGAGAUGUUGGUUUCACUUGUUUAAUAUUAAAACUACAUUUCUGCACAUAAAACAUAUUGAACAUACAACACAAAUGUUUAGGUCAAACAAAUUAAACAUCCUUUUGGCUGCACCAAACUGUACUUUCCUGAAUUGAUUUACUGUUUAUGUCCCAUUUUAACAUGAACAUGGGCCUUGGGACUUUAGUAUUGAAGGGCAACUCCAGCGUGCCAGAUUAAAAAACGAUUUGUGGUAGAGAAAGCAGCGAAGACAUAAGGAGAAAACUAAAACAGGGAGAAGUGCAGGGUAAAGUCUUUUUAAAGUGGUUUGAAUGUGAAAUUUGAACCUGAUGCGAGCCUGACACAUAUUUGAGAAAUGACAGUUAAACCUGAAUAUGAACAGUCGGGUUCUAUCAGGGUUGGAAUGUCCCAAACUCUACUAAGUAGGUCAGGUGCUAGAUUAACAGAACGUUGCUGGAUGGUAGAUCUUCUAGUCCUUUUUGGGCUGGAUUAGAUGUUCUGCGCAGGGAACGUUUUUAAACAGUGCAGGGCAGUGGCUCCCUGGGACUGGAGAACCACUGAUUAAUGGUGCUAAGCUGGAGAGUCAGAGUGACUCGCUAGCUCUCAGUUUGCAAGUGUCUCUGUUUGCUGAACAGAUUUUGAUUUGAAAGUACCUUACCAAAGAGUUGGGACUGUUUUUAACCGACAGGAAUCUAACAGCUUGUGUUCUGUCAGAGCUGGGGACAAACAGGGAAUCUGGGACUGCAGAGACUGUUAGCUUUUGAGCAAAAUUUCUUCUUUUAAGUAUUAAAAAUACCCUCUGCCAGAUGUUAUUUAUACUGUACCAAUUUUAUCUUGAAUGCUCAAAACUUUCGCUUUUUAUAACACCUCAUUAAUUUUUCACAACAGCUAUGUUUCCCAGUCCUCACGUCUAACUCUCAUGGUGCUGUAUCCUCUUCACUUCAGCCUAUAUGAGUUUUCCAGCUCAUUUGAAAUCACUUACUUACUGUAUUCACAAAAAUGUAAUGAGCUGCAUCAUUAUAUACACUUCCACUGAGCAUCAUUGACAGCACCUCUUUCUUAAGUUCAUCAAGGGUAAUGUUGCAUCUUUUGUAAUCACUGUGAUAAAUGUUUUGCAGUUGAAAGGAUGUAUGAUAUUUUUAUAUCACAUUUUUAAGUGGCUUGCUCCGUUGGUAUCUUUUAGCGCAAAUCCACACGCAUUUGACAUUCACACUGUAAGUAUGUGUGAGCUCCAAAUCAGCACUGAGGACGUUCAGCCGUUUUAAAGAUUUUUGUAUGUAUAUGUUAUUUUCUCUUACUGGGCUUGUUUAUAUGUAUUAUCUAUAUCUCUCAGGGUGGAAAGUAUUAGAUCAUCUCUUCACAUCAGUCUUGAAAAAGAGACGCUUCAUUGGAACUUUUUAAAAGAACAGGUCAUUGUACAAGCCGAAUGACAUAAAUCAACAUUGGAUCAAUAAAACAAUGACUGAGAA